AUUGUUACAGGUACCAUGACAAUAAAUAAAUAAACAAACAAACAGUUACAGAUGAGUACUGUGCAAGGAUAAAACAAAUUGAAGCUAUAUACAAUCGAUCGGAAAAUAACAGCGUUCCCAGUGAACCACAAGAGAACGAGAUGGCAGACGAUACUAAAGGGUUCACGCAAGGGCCCAGUGGCGGGCAGCUGUUUACUUUAGAUGAAAAGAAGUUCUUCAGUCUUGUAGACGAAGGAGACGUGAACGCGGUGCAGAAAUUCCUUGAAGAGAAUCCGGGAUUCGAUAUAAAUUGUGUGGACUCCAAGGGCGUGUCGGCUCUCCAAAUGGCAGUCCACAACCACGACGGAGGAAUGGUCACCUUUCUUUUGGAUCAGAGAGACAUCCUCCUUUCGGACUGCGCGCUGCGUGCAGUGAGCGAAGACCAGCACAGCAUCCUUCUGCUGCUGAUGGAGAGGAUGGCCGUCAUACACCCCGAUCUGGAGUUCGCGGGUUGCCCCGACAGCGCAUACUACCCCGAGUACAUGACACCGCUGAUGCUGGCCGCCCAGUGCGACAACUACGAGAUCAUAGGAAUGUUAAUGGAACGGGGUCACAAAAUCCAGCAUCCACAUCCCCCCAAAUGCUCCUGCAACUGUUGUAGAGAAGCUCUGAAGGACACGAAAAGAGGCGAACGGCUGCUGGACGUGUACCGCGCCAUCACCAACCCGACCUACAUCUGCCAGAACUCCACGGACCAAAUCCUUACGGCGUUCGAACUGAACAAGGAACUGAUGGACUAUGCAUCCACUGACCUGGAGUUGCGCCCGACUUACCUAGACCUCGCCAAAAAAGUGCGAGUCUUCGCCACUGAUCUCAUAGGUGGUGGAAACUGCUUGGUGUGGGGAUUGGUACUCAUGGCGCCGUCGGUCCGACUUCCGCAAGAUCCUGACCAUCUUCAAGCGGAUGAUUCUGCUCCCCCGCACAGUAUUCAUAUGUUUAGCAAAACCCAAAACCGAGGCUGGAGCCUUCCUGAAUUUGCCCAUCAACAAAAUGUUGAACAGCUUCGCUACCUACAUAAUCUUCCUGACUCUUGUGUUCAUGGUGUCGAACCAGGAUAAGACGAACCAGAUAAGGGGGCCGACCAAACCAGGAUUCGAAGUAGCGGUGCUUGUGUAUGUGGUGUCCUAUAUAUGGAGCUCAUUCACACUCUUCUUGCAAGGACCUCAGCGAUUCUUCACAUCCUUGACGAACUGGUA